ACUUGUCACAGCAAUGCCUGCUCACAAUAAUGUGGAUUUUUUGUAUAAUGGCGGUAUUGUAAUCACUGUAAAAUAUGAUAGUGUUGAUAUCUGUAACAGUCUGUUUAACUAGACAUUUUUGAGUUGAAAUAAACUGUAAUUUGACCAGAAGAAGACAAAGAAUGGCCUCUGGAAGGUCAUCUAUUUACAAGGGAUCUGACCUGAUUCAUGACUACAGUUGUUCAAAGUGUGAGGAAAAUGACCUUAACACUGAAGCCCAGCACUACUGUCCAGAGUGUGAACACUAUCUGUGUGACAAGUGUGUAAAUUUACAUAAUGGAUAUCAUAACAAACAUACCGUCUACGGCCGUGGAGACAUUCAGAAGUGGGCUGGGUUCUCCUUGGACAGAUGUGACCUACAUGACAAGCUGAAUGUCCACUGUGAUGACCACCAGGAACUUUGCUGCAGUGUCUGUGUGGCUCUAAACCACAGGUUGUGUAGCAGCAUCAGUCAUCUGCCGGAUAUGGCCAAGGGCUUCCUGAACACAGCAGAGUUCAAGCAGCUGCCAGCAGCAGUUGACAAGAUGAGGAGCAGGCUGGAUGAGCUCAAGAAUGCAAGGAUGAAGGACCAAGCAUCACUUAAGGUCUCAUACAAGAAUAUCGUAGCUGAAAUCAAGGCUUUCCGCAAAGAGAUAAACAAAAUCCUAGACAAGCUUGAGAAGAAGACAGUUGAACAGUUAGAUGGGCUGAUGGAAGAUUUGGAAAAGACUAUCAAAGAUGAUAUACAAUCUUGUGCAAAUAUGAAUGGCCAACUCAAGAUCAUGAUGGAAAAGCUCCAGCAGAUAACUGGAAAACACAAGGAGACCAGUUCUUACAUUGGAUUCAGAAUAUGUCAGACCAAGUUGAGUGAAGCCAAGAGCACCAUGCUAGAAAUAAAGAAAAGCCCAACAAAAAGAAUAAGUUUCUUAUCUAAUGAAAGUUUAUUGCCAUUUUUCAGAAACCUGAACAUUCUUGGAAAUGUUGACAGUAUUAUUUCCAUGCCAAUACAAACAGAUUGUGAUCACGUGUACAAGACUCAAGGUUCAAGCCGCUAUUCUGUUAGAAUAAAGAAGGAUGUCCAAAUCUGCCAUAUAGUGGGUAUAUGUGAGUUGCCAAGUGGAGAGGUGGUUGUUGCUGAUAGUGGAAACAGCAGAGUGAAGCUUCUGAAUAACCAGUACAAAGUCAUUGAUCACUGUGAUCUUCCUUCUUAUCCUGAACACAUGUGUCUCACUGAAAGUCAUGAAAUACUUGUAGCUAUAGAUUGUGUGACUUUGCAUGAGAUUCACUUCUUCUCGGUGAACAGAGGGAAGCUACAGACAGUGAGAAAGUUCAGCACAAACCACCAAUGCCUUUCUAUUGCCAACAACCAGGGCCAGCUGUAUGUGGGCAACAAAAAAAUCCUGUACCAGUACACCAUGAAUGGAGAUUUUGUAAAGGAGAUUUAUAUAAGCAUGUCUUUUGGUUGUUCAGUAUGCAAAUGUGCUGUAAGUCUAGAUGGUGAGAAAGUUUAUGUAACAAGUUAUGAUAAGAAUGAAUUAAUAACACUGGAUAAAGAUGGUCAAAUGCUGUCUACUUUAGAAGAUCCUGAACUUCAGGGACCCUGGGGACUGUGUGUCAGCCCAAGUGGCCAUGUGUUUGUGUGUGGGAGUACGUCUCACACUGUGUUACAGGUGGACAGAGAGGGGAGAAAGAAGCUAACCACAGUCACCAGGAGGGCUGAUGGCUUGUGUUUGCCUUUGUCAGUGUGCUUCAGUGAACAAACCUCCAGCCUUAUUGUUGGAAACCAUGGUCAGGAUCAAAUAAUUGUUUACAAGACAUGUUAAAACAGUGAGAAAGAUUAAGCAAGAAUGGCAUUGGUACUUUAAUGCUGUCUUCAAUUUGCAUUAUUCACUGUAUGUGAUUAACAGCGCUGUCUUAUAUAAUGUUUUUAAUAUUGUACAUAUAAAUGUGUGUCCAGUAGUUAUAUUAGUAUGUAUAUUAAGUUUAAGCAAUAAAGUGUGAAUAAAACAUGGUCAUAAAAGUAUACAGUAGUAUAUAAGAGUAGAAAUCUUAAUUUUGUGCUUUUUUUCUCUCCAUUUCUUGGUGAUUUGUAAAAAUAUACUGUUUAUAAUCAAGAGUUAUCAUGGAUCAACAGUGUGAUAUAUUCAAAUGAAAUGAAUUUUUAUGAAAUAAUGUGUUAUUGGGUUACGAUAUAUAUGUUCAAAAAGCUUAAUGUAUUUAUUUAUACCAAUAUAAGUGAUAAGUGAAAUUUAAGUGAGAAUGCAUGUUUACAAAUGUGUGAACUCAUACAGAUGUAUGAAAAGAGUCUCGACGCAGAAGGAAUGUGAAAGCAAAUUAACAUCCUUACACAAGAACUGAAUAAGUGCAUUUCUGGUGCUGAUUACUAUUGCUUUCUGUUCGGCAAAAGUACUUCAUUUCCAUUCGCUUUUCAUUGUUUUUCUGCUGUACAUUUGCAUCAAAAACAGUAGUAAAUACCUUGAAAUGAAUCAAAUCACUUAGGAAACAAAAGGUGGCCUAAACCCCUUUAUCAUGCAAAGGGUAUGAAUCUCUUAUACUCAAAUAGACCCAUGGCUUUUUUUUGUAUGACUGCCGAGUAUCAGCUGUAGGAAUCCCCAAAUUAAUAAAGAUAUUUCGCUGUCUGUUUCAAAAGUAUGUUAUUGUAAUUGCUGAAAAUUUCAAAAUCAGAUGAUGUAUGAGGCUCAAAUUCAUGGGGAUUUUGAAUCACACUUAUAUAUGAUUUGUUUACCUUUUCGUUGCGAACAGCAAUUUCUGUAUACCAGUACAUGUUUAUCAUUUAUGGAUAUAACAAAAUUCCAAAGCCCGAUUUUAGGCCUUCUAUGUUGUAUGUAAAAUUCAAUGCUUAUCAUGAAUCCUGGUUAAUUAAUUAUGAUAUGCCGGAAUGAAAAAACUACCCAAAAAUGUUUUUUUCAUUUUUUUCACACUGUUGUUUUCGCACGAUUAUGAUUUAUUUACUUGCAAUUGCAUGGCUGUCAUGCCAAGAAUCAAUGAAUUCCUGAAACUAAAAAAUGUGUCCACACAUCCCUAUAUGUACACAAUUGUACAAUCCUAUAUCAAAAAGCUUCAAAUAGAAUAACGGUAUUAGCCAAAAGAAACACAGCUUUUGCUUUAUUCCAGAAAACAGCAACUUUUGCAAAGCAGUUUCGUUUUUAAUAAAAAUGCAGCUAUUGAUAUUAUUAGCUAAAAUUGCACAGCCUUUGCCAACAGCUGCACUUUUUAUCAGAAAAGUACAGCUUUUGUAAAGCAGAUUCAUUUUCCUAGUGAAAGGUCCAUCCCUAUUUAUCUUUUAGAUUAAUUAAAAAACAGCUGAACAACAUGUAUACAUUUGGUGGGUUUUCUUCAAAAAAUGUUACCUGAUGAUAAGAUUUAAAAGUAGAAGAAAUUUUAUUGCAUGAGAAUAAAUGACCUAGAGGAAUGAAUGAAAUAUAUAUAACCUUAUUGUACUUUGAUGAAAUACACCUAAGGUAAGCAGCCGAAAUAUGAAUAGUAAAUUCUGAUGUCUUUACCUUUUAGAAAACUAUCAGAGAUUACUGUAAGUGUGUAUUUGAGAAGACGAAGUGUUAUUUAUCCGAAAUGUGAAACUUGUUAUUUAUUAUAGUGAUUUGCACAAACAAUGUUUUGAAUUUAUAGUCUAUGCUAACUUGCAUGAACAUACGAAAUUUUAUCAGCUUUGGGGAAUUACAGACCUGUUGGGGUGGGUGCAAGCUUUUGUAAAUAUGUUAUAACUAUGUUAUGAAUGUAUUGCAUAUGUCACAAAAAUAAACAGCUUCUUUACUUACCUUUUUGUAUAAUAAGUUAUAUUUUGCUGCAUGUUUUAGUUCGAAAUACACUCAUCGUUUAUCAGGAAAUUGCUUUAUCUCCUGAUAUAAAGAAUUCCCUGGAUAUAAGGAACAAGUUUGGCCUGUCCCAUGGAUCUUGUUAUAAGCAGUGUUUAUUGUAUUUCUUCUAUAAAUUUUAUUCUAUUGUAUUCAUAACUAUUUUUGGUAUCAAAAUGAUGCUUUUAUCUUGUUUUAUUUUACCACGUGUUUCCACUUUUGCCAGACAACAUAACUAUCUUAUAACUUCAUCUGAUGUCAAAUACUAAUAAACAUUCUAAUAAAUUCUUCUUUCAAACCACUGUGUUAGCUUUGCCAAUAUUACCAGCUUAUUAAUUUUAGUACUCAUGUUGAACAAUUGUGAACCCUGUUGUCUGACGCGAACAAUUUCUUUAAAUGAAAUCUUCUCCUGAACUGUUUAGCCAAUUUCGGUGCCUAAAGGUAACUUGCAUUUUCCUCUUUUGCCAGAUGGAUCAGCCUGAAAAAAUCUGACAAAAGAUCCCUGAGUGUGACCUUUACCUUUGACCCACAGACAUGGAUCUUUGACGCUGCCUGCCUUUUACUCAUGGUGAACAUCUGUGCCAAGUAUUUUAAAUCCACCAAUGCAUGGCCAAGUUACAGCCCUGACCAGGAUUUUGACAAGUGACUUGAAUGUGAGCUAAUCUUUGACCUACAGUUAUGAGUCUUUUAUGCGUUACAACCUCUUCUAACGAAUGACAGUUAUUUUAAACUCCUCCUCUGCAUGGCCAAGUUACAGCCUGGACGA